AUGUCACUACUCGAUCAACAGAACGCAGCCCCGCCAGAAAUACGAGCUGUAGUAAACUUUUUGCGCGGGAAGAAUGGCCCAAAACUACGCACGGGCGUCUUGAACGGGAAGAGGAUCGACUACUUCAAGGGUUCCGGAGCUGUCAAAUCGUUGUUGACGCCUGCAUACGCCAAAUUGAAGAAUGCGCCCAAGGUGACAUCGGAGCAAGAGGCCGUGCAGUUGCUGUCGCAAACGAUCCGCUUCGCAUUCUUUCUCCGUGUCGACAGAGGUGAAUCGUUGACGUUGACGUCUGGACAGACCAAGACCAAGGCAAAGAACCUUAACAUCAACCAGAUGCAAAUGUUCGAGCCGGAAAUGUAUUUUGCGUGGUUCUACGAAGGAAGCCAGUGGACGACAUAUCUCGGAGGCGUUAUCAUGGUCAUAGUCUUACUGGCAGGUGUUAUGUUCCCCCUCUGGCCACCAAUGUUCCGACAAGGUGUCAGCUACCUAAGUAUGGGCGUCCUUGGUCUCAUUGGGCUCUUCUUCGUCAUCGCCAUUCUGCGGUUGAUCUUUUGGUUGAUCACCAUCGUCGUUAUCCCACCCGGAAUCUGGAUCUUCCCUCAACUCUUUGCAGACGUCGGCUUUGUUGAUUCGUUCAUCCCGGUGUGGGACUGGGACAUCAAGAAGAAAAAGGGAAAGAAGGAGGGCAAGUCGAAAAAGUCGGGCAAGAAGAGCGAUGGGUCGCGACCAGAUAGUCCCGAAGGACUCGCUCCUCCCAAGAUGGUGGUUGGAUCCGACUCGGACACGUCGAGACCUCCCUCUGCACGAGGCGGCCCGACCAUCGAAGAGGUCCCUGACGAAGAUGACUAG